GUUGAUGAAAGGUAAUCUUCUGUCACAUCUUUCGUCUCAUCACGUUACCGUGAUAUGUAGCGAGUUUAGUAGCUGUUUUACUCAUUGUUUAGUCAAUCCAACAAUCGCGCUGAAUACGUGAUCAGGAUCAGACAGCAGGCACCAUGUUGGUUCCUAUAUUCACACUGAAGCUGAACCACAAGAUCAACCCGCGUAUGGUGACUGUUGGGAAAUUUGAUGGAGUUCAUCCUUGUCUAACUGCAGCCACGCAGGCGGGAAAGGUUUUUAUUCACAACCCUCAUGCUCGUGAUCAGAGACCUGCAGCUCACCGACUGAGUCAGAGCACCCAGGACUCAGACAUCUCUCUGCUCAACAUCAACCAGGCAGUCACUUGUCUAACAGCAGGAAUACUGGGACCAGACACCACUGGGGACACUCUGUUGGUGGGAUCUCAGACCAACCUGCUGGCUUAUAAUGUCCAUGAUAAUGCUGAUAUAUUCUACCGAGAGGUUUCAGAUGGGGCCAAUGCUAUUGUGCUGGGGAAACUUGGGGACAUCCUGAAUCCUCUUGCCAUCAUUGGAGGAAACUGUGCCUUACAAGGCUUUGACUACGAGGGCAAUGACCAUUUCUGGACAGUAACUGGAGAUAAUGUCAGAUCUCUGGUGCUCUGUGACUUCACUGGGGACGGUAAAAAUGAGCUUCUUGUCGGAUCUGAGGACUUUGACAUCCGAGUGUUUAAGGAGGAUGAACUUGUGUCUGAGAUGACAGAAAAUGAGACAGUAACGUCACUGUGUCACAUGCAUGGCAGCAGGUUUGGCUACGCUCUGGCCAAUGGAACUGUGGGAGUUUAUGAUCGCACUGCCCGUUACUGGAGGAUUAAGUCCAAGAAUCACGCAAUGAGUAUACAUGCCUUUGAUCUGAAUGCUGAUGGUGUGGUGGAGCUUAUCACUGGCUGGUCUAAUGGAAAGAUUGAUGCUCGCAGUGAUCGCACAGGCGAGGUUAUUUUCAAAGACAACUUCUCCUCGUCUGUAGCUGGAGUGGUGGAGGGCGAUUAUAGGUUGGAUGGACAGAAACAACUUAUCUGCACCUCCAUAGAUGGAGAGGUUCGUGGUUACCUGCCAGCCAGCAAGGAUCUUCAAGGGAAUCUCAUGGACUCCAGUUCUGAACAGGACCUCAUUAGGGAACUCAGCCAACGCAGACAAAAUCUGUUACUGGAGCUACGCAACUAUGAUGAGAAUGCUAAGGGUGUGUCAGAGACUAACAGUGUCAUCCCAGCCAACACUCAGCUCCAGACGACACUGUCAGUGAGACCUGCUACAGAGGACCAAAAGGCUCAUGUAGAGCUCAGCAUUUCAACACCCAAUGAAACCAUCAUUCGUGCAGUGCUCAUCUUUGCAGAAGGGAUCUUUGAGGGGGAAAGCCACGUUGUCCAUCCCAGUGCCCAGAACCUGUCAGGCUGCAUCCGAGUCCCCAUUGUCCCCCCCAAGGAUAUACCAGUAGAUCUGCACAUUAAAGCCUUUGUUGGAGGGAAAACUAGCACCCAGUUCCACGUGUUUGAAAUCACACGUCAGCUGCCUCGAUUCUCCAUGUAUGACGUCACAGACUCCUCAGAUACUCCAGCCACCGGCAGGGUCACCUUCAGCAUCAAUGACCGACCGCAGAGGGUGGUGAUGUGGCUGAAUCAGAACUUCUUGCUCCCAGAAGGAGUGGACAGUCCCGACAUCACUUUUAAUUCACUAAGAGGAGGGGGACUGCUUUCUAUCAGCAUGGCCAGCAAUGGACAGAUCACUCUGAGAACAGAUGACAUCGACCUGGCAGGAGAUCUGGUCCAGUCACUGGCAUCCUUCCUGGGCAUAGAGGACUUGUCAGCAGAAGCAGACUUCCCAGGAUACUUCGAAGAGCUACGUACAACUCUUACCGAGGUGGAUGAGUUCCACUCCGUCCAUCAGAAACUGACUGCAGCAAUGGCUGACCACUCCAACUACAUCAGGAACAUGCUGGUGCAGGCAGAGGAUGCUCGCCUUUUGGGUGACAUGACAACUAUGAAGAAACGUUACAGGGAGCUGUACGAUCUAAACAGGGAUCUGAUCAACGAGUAUAAAAUCCGUUCUAACAACCAUAAUGCACUACUGGCCUGCCUAAAGUCUGUCAACCAGGCCAUUCAGCGGGCUGGAAGACUCCGAGUGGGUAAGCCAAAGAACCAAGUCAUCUCUGCCUGUCGAGACGCCAUCAAGAACAACAAUGUCAACGCGCUCUUCAGGAUCAUGAGAGCUGGUACUGCUUCCUCCUGAGGCUGGAAGAAGGAGGGAAUCUGGUAAUGGACUAAAAGAUUUUUAAAAAAGGGAUGGACAUAAUCACAGCCAACCGGCACUGUACUGUAUGGAAUGAGAGUGGACGUUUCAGCGCAAUGAUGGGACCAUAACCAAACAUGGACGCGGGGUUCACUUAGGCAGUUGGACUGGGUCAGGGUAGUAGCAUUUAGUCAUCCUAUUUCAUUGUUUCAGUCUAAACAGGCCAGGCAGCAAAAUUUAGCCCCAGGUUUCUUGUGUGGCCUCUUGCACCAGCUGUGUUUAUUUUCUGUCUGGACUUUGGGUGUAAAAUUCACAUUAAACCCUAUGGUAAAACUAGGUAUAUGACCAUUGUUUGGUUGCACCACAGAGAUAUAACUUUAUCUUAAGUAGCAGAGCAUCAUUUCACAACUAGCCAUAAUACUGCUACAGAAAUAACAUUUUAAACUCCUGCUACUCCCUGCUAAUCAGUAAAAAGCUUUUGUCUCAGUGCAGAUCACUUAAGCCUACACCCUAAUCCUAGGGCUAGUGUGAUAAAACCAUGGAGACACUAAGUAAUGACAUUGUCAACACUAUGAGGUCACUUAAUGGUGCUCUGUUUUUGGAUGGAUGAGAAUACUUACUCUCCCAAAACAAGAUCUAGAGUACAAAUAUAAGUCAUGAUACAUAUAUCUCAAUGGAUUCUUUCUCACAGGGCUGAAGCAUAAGUGAGUCCUGCUGUAAAAGUCAUGAUUCCUUCUGAGGGAUGUAAUCUAUCACAUAGAACGCACUGCAGACACCAAACAACUGAUAAAACACCCUGUUCCUCAUCAUCCAACAAGUUAUCCCCCUCUCAAAAAGAUACCAUAUGACAGACAUUUGUAAUAGAGCACUUGACAUCCACUAGGAGCUAGGUGUUAUGUUUAAGUUGUAACUUCUGCAUAGAUUGGAACUAUCUCAGCUGAUGCAACCACUGAAAUAUUACUAGUGUGUAAACUGUCCUAAAUUAGAACUCACAUUCUAACUAAUCUAUGUUUGAACUGAUUCAUAGCUGGUACAACCAAGUACUGUACAUUAAAAUCUGAAUCCUGCAAGCUCGUUCUUUUAAAAUGCUUACAACCACAUACUGCUAUCCAUCUCAGUCUCAGUCAGUAGCUGUGUGGAAGUGUGUGAUUUAGUUACAUUACAGUUUAGCUAAAUGACUGUUAGGGCAUGUGUAGGAGUCAUUUGGCAGAUGCGACUGUUAAAAGAGUUCAGCUGGACCAGAAUUGUGUUGGACAGCUUCCCUUAACUCUUUCUGAAAAGCAAGGGAAGAAAAAGACAGUCUGAGUACAAUGAUACUUUAGAGAAAAUUGUUUAAUAGCGUUAAUCUGAGUGGUUAUAGAGUUUGCUGCAGUCUUAAAAUCAGAAAGACAACAUUUUUAAGUACCUUGCAUUGGGGUUGGAGAAUGUAUUGAGUUUUUAAGAUAUCUCAAUAUAUUUUCAAUUAUACACAGGGCAAGAAGAUAUUGUUCAUAUUGAUACAGCUCAGGUUGAUUUGAAAGAGAAGUAAUGCCAGGGCUAACGCUCAGUAAAAAGAUUGUUUACAGGACGACCAACGAACAGUUACAGUAGGGCUGGGCACUUUUGAAGCGUAACAUGUACAUACAAUACAAUCAAUCAAUCGGUCAUAUACUUACUGGCCACAAGAUAAUCUGUUCUAAAGUUUUAGUCUGAAUAGGCAUCAUCAUUUAAUUAAUUUGACUUAAUUUAGGAGUUUUUUUGGUUAAAAUCAAAUGAUAUUGUCAUAUGUUGAAUAUCUUUGCAUCAAAUGUAGAAGACCUUAGUAUUUUAAUGUUUUUAGAUAACAACAUUUGCAGGAAAAUUCCUGCACAUUGUCUAAACCAGUGAUUUUCAACAGGUCUGGCAUCAAGACUCAACACCACCUUCUUAACAAAAAACUGGGGCACAAAUUUGGUAUAUUUUUCACUCAUGACCGAAUGUCUUCAGUAAAAUUUGGGACAGUUUGGGCUUGAGAAAGAGCAAAAAAUGUGGCGAACCAAAGGGAUGGUGACAUGUCCACAAUGGCUUUGUGAUCUUCUUUUGGGGCCCAACCCACCAGUUGAGAAACAAGGGUCUAAACUAGUGGUUUCCAACCUUUUUUCCUUAGGAUUCUCCCUAUUCAUAUCUUUAAAAAAGCUAAGCACCCCCAGGACACACUCCUUACAAGUUGCCAACAUAUUUGUACAUUUAUCUAACUCUCUUCUGGAUAUAGAUAUGACUGAAGAUCAUCACUAUUAAUUCCACCCAUGAUAAAAUAAUAUCACUUUUUCAGUCCGAAACACUUGGUGUUUUAAGAGUAAAGAACAUUUGAAUAACUUCAAUUUAAGGAACUGUUGCCAUAACCUUUGUGCAAUUUAGACAGUGUGUAGGAGUGUCUGCAAUUUUUGAUCAUAAAAACAGAGCAUAACCUAAUUAAACAACUUUUAAUAUCAUUUGAUUUUUGCUAGAAUCAUAUCAACACUUAUAAUUUCAAUAUUGUGACAACCAUUUGUUAUUUCUUUAUAGAAAAAAUAUCAAGUUGUAUAUCUUGUAUUGCUGCUCGGCUAAAAUAUGCUGAGAUAUGAUUUUUGGUCCAUGUCACUCAGCCCUACCUUGCAUAAACUGUUUAUUGUCAGUAGGUAAGAGUUAAGCCAAAUGUCCUUUGAAUGUUCUAGAAAUGUUCCAGAUAACAUUGCAAACUUGUCAGAAACUUUUCAAACUUUGCAGAACUGAUCCAGUCUUUCUGUUUUCCACAAAGACAUGAAAGUUAGGGAAAAUCUUGGUCUUCUGCAUGAGCACUCUGAAUGUUUAAAUCAGCAGUGAUGUUUAGAGAAACUACAGCUGGAGCAGGACUGAGAGCAGCUUUUUCUCCAAAAGAGAGCCAUGCCAUUGAAAUCAAGGGUGGUCCCGAUACGUCGCUGCCCCUGGCUGUUGUGUGUUUGUGUGGUGUUUUUAGCCAAAGAGAACUAUUUUAAUUAACCAAUGCCACAGAGGACCAAUGCUGUUUCACUUGUUUACCUUUUUGUAGACUGUAUGUGGAUAUUGUGAAUGUAUAUUUGUGUUUGUGGCAGAAAUGUAUAA